GUUACCAUCUGCAAAGAAGACGCUACUUCAUUAUGACACUUUGAAAUAAGCUGAGUGGCGCCUAUUACGUGACCAGUAAAACAAUCAACACAAGAUAUUAGCUUUCUGAUUCUACGUUAGCGUAAAAAUGAUGACAAGAUGUCUAUUGGGUUUAUAUCAGCGGCUAUUAUGUUUCUAUUCUUGUUUAUGCGCCAUUCUUCAAGUCACACUCUGCGUUGGCAGUGAGGGCACGCUGGUCUUUCCUAAAUUACUUGAAAGCCGUGACGACGUAGGGACGAAACUCAUAAAAAUAAACGAUGAUCUCACACUGAGCUUGGAGAAGAGUUCAGUCAUGGGCAAGGAGUUUUUACUACGUACAUAUCAAGGACAUGUUAUGCAGCACAAUUACCUAGAUGGUGAAGCUCUGGAAGAGGACCUUUAUCAUGAUCCAAAACUGUUCGCCUCAGUAAUUGUGUCUGAAGAAGAUGGAUUGCAAUUGGAGGGUGUUCUCGGGACAAAGCUGGCUAUAAAACCACUAGGUGGCCAAGGAAGAUCGGCUGGAUCCGGGGACGUGCCACAUCUUGUCUACAAAAUAGAAGACCAUGAUGGAGUUUACGCGGGACAAGGCAUAGAAGUGGAGGAAAACGGAAACAUUUCUGAACGGCAGGAUCAAAAUGGCGCGAGGCCCGAAACUGUAUAUCCAGAAAUGUUACUUGUAGUUGACAGCACAUUCAGGGCUCAGUUCAAGACCAAUUAUACACUGCUGAAGUAUUUAAUGAUUACUAUGAACUCCGUGAAUGUGCGCUACAUGACUGUAUCUAGUCCUUCCGUACGACUGAAGUUUUGUGCAAUGGAAAUAUUAACUGUAAGUCAAGAGACUUUCAUACUCCGGGAAGGAAAAUAUGUUCAUGCACUCCGCACACUGGCAAACCUACGAGGCCAUGUUCGGAACAACACGGAGAAGUACGGAAUCUACGACGGCGUUUACCUCGUAACCGGGCUUGACAUGGGUGAGCGUACCUAUUACGGCUGGAAUGGCAACCUUUUGGGCUAUGCAUACAUAGGCGGCAUAUGCACCUGGCAGAAAGUUGGUUAUGGAGAAGACACAGUAGGAACAUUCAGAGGCAUCCGGAUAGUGGCACACGAAAUCGGACACCUGCUCGGCUGCCCGCAUGAUGGAACCACAAGUGGCUCGUAUACUUCAGCAAGCUGCCCCUGGAAUGACGGUUACAUCAUGAGUUACAUGGAAAUUGACAGCAAGAGCAUGAAGUUUUCAAGUUGUUGCAACUCAAUGAUUUCCUGGCAUGCAUGGUCUCGAUCUGGUGCCUGCCUUCUAACUGCGAGUGCGAAGCGGAAAAUAAAGAAGAUAUAUUUCACAAAGCUUUUCGCUGGAGACAUAAUGACUAGAGACCAGAUCUGCAGGAUAUCAUUUCCUAAUGUACCCGAAACCCGUUUUAUCAAAGAUUACAACGGCUUUGAGAACUGCAUGGCGAGGUGCUUCAUGCCUAAAUCUGUUUACGGAUACGAUACAUUCAUGCCCACUUUUCUACCGGACAAUGCUCGAUGCACAGAAAACAACGGGACAAUCUGCAGAAAUGGCGACUGCAUCACACAGAAGCUGAAGCACAGACAAUACAGAUCCUACAAAUAA